AUCAAAGUAGAGUACAACUGUUAGACUUCUUUUGAUGUCGAGUUUGAUAGUCAUACUGACUAUGAACAGCGCUAAUCACGUUUCCAGAUCUCUGCGGGCGAAGCCAAAGACGAGCGGAGUACUCACAAGAAGUCUGGAAACGAGAUUAGAACGGCGCCAUAACUUCCACACUUGCGCGCCCUUUAGCGGCUUUAGCUUUGCAGCUUACACAAUGGCUGGUCCGCAUCCAACAGCUAAUCUGCUAUGUAGGAUGUUCUUAUGAUAGAUCAGGUAAAACUUAAUGGUUUUUUUUCCCUGUCGUACAUGUGUUGUACGGAUUCAGAACCUGGCCAGUGGCUUUGUAUAUCUUUAAAAAUGAACCUGGUCAUCAAGCUUCUUAUGAUCCCCAUGAUGUGUCAGAUGUUUUGUGAACUCAACGAUGAACAGUGUAGACGCGAAUAUUCCAUCCGCGGCAUGAUGCUAAAAGGACACACCUUCAUGGAGAUGACGACCACAAACUGGCUUAAGUGUGUAGACCAGUGUAACGAUGACGUCAGAUGUCAAAGCUUCAACUACGUCAUCACCCGAGGCAUAUGUGAACUGAACGACCGCACCAAAGGGGCCAGACCUGGGGAUUUUGUUGCGGACAGCGAACGGGUGUAUCUCAAACGACUGAGUAAAAGAGUUGCACUUGGAUCCAUUGCGGAGUUGCCAGCUGAAUCGUGCGCCGAAAUCAGGGCGAGUGAAGGAGAGGAUGCAGUCAGCGGUAAUUACUGGUUCAGUUCAGUUAAACCUGGCGAGGUAGUCUUUGCUCCAUGUAACAUGUCUACGGAAGACGUAGACGAGUGCAAUGCUUCUGUUCCUGUCUGUGACAUCAAUGCCGAGUGUAUCAACAUCAUUGGUUCAUUUAUUUGUGCCUGCAAAACUGGUUUCUCUGGGGAUGGAUUCAGGUGUUCUGAUAUAGAUGAGUGCGCCAGCGGUGCUAACGGCUGCAUCAGCGGUAGAGCUACAUGUUCAAAUACAGCUGGAUCGUACAAUUGUACCUGUAACCAUGGUUACACAGGAGAUGGCAAAACCAGUUGUUUGUCUCAAGGUAAGUAAUGGCAC